AUGCUGCUCACGGUGUACUGUGUGCGGAGGGACCUCUCCGAGGUGACCUUUUCCCUCCAGGUCGACGCCGACUUCGAGCUGCACAACUUCCGCGCGCUGUGCGAGCUCGAGUCCGGCAUCCCCGCAGCCGAGAGCCAGAUUGUGUAUGCUGAAAGACCUCUCACAGACAACCACAGAUCACUGGCUUCCUAUGGCUUGAAAGAUGGGGAUGUUGUGAUUUUACGACAGAAGGAAAGUGCGGAUCCUCGACCUUCAGUGCAAUUCCCAAACUUGCCCCGAAUAGACUUCAGCAGUAUAGCUGUGCCUGGCACAUCGGGCUCCCGGCAGCGCCAGCCACCAGGAGUACAGCAGCCCCACACCUCCCCUGGAGACGGAGCUUCUUCUCCUCAGGGCUUGGACAAUCCAGCCUUGCUCCGAGACAUGCUGCUGGCCAACCCCCACGAACUGUCCUUGCUGAAGGAACGCAAUCCACCGCUGGCAGAUGCUCUGCUCAGUGGAGAUCUUGAGAAGUUUUCUAGAGUCCUGGUGGAACAGCAGCAGGACCGAGCCCGGAGAGAGCAGGAAAGGAUUCGUCUCUUUUCUGCUGAUCCUUUUGAUCUGGAAGCUCAGGCAAAGAUAGAAGAAGAUAUAAGGCAACAGAAUAUUGAGGAAAACAUGACAAUAGCUAUGGAAGAGGCUCCGGAGAGCUUUGGCCAAGUAGUGAUGCUUUAUAUUAACUGCAAAGUGAAUGGACAUCCUGUGAAAGCCUUUGUUGACUCAGGUGCCCAGAUGACUAUUAUGAGCCAAGCUUCACAGAUGACAGAUUUUCAGAGCGUUCCUUGUGGGAUCUUGGGUGAAAGAUCAGUAACCUCUUCUUCCUGUGCUUCAGCUCAGGUUCAGAUCGAAGGUGAUUUCCUGGCGUGUUCAUUCUCUAUACUUGAGGAACAGCCCAUGGACAUGCUUCUGGGCCUGGAUAUGCUUAAACGACAUCAGUGUUCCAUUGACCUCAAGAAAAAUGUCCUGGUGAUCGGCACCACAGGCUCCCAGACCACCUUCCUUCCCGAGGGAGAGCUGCCAGAGUGUGCCAGGUUGGCAUAUGGGACCGGGCGAGAAGACCUGCGGCCAGAGGAGAUUGCAGACCAAGAAUUAGCAGAAGCCCUCCAAAAAUCCGUAGAGGAUGCAGAGAAAAGCAGUGAAGCAGCUACCUCACUGGGACUGCCAUCGUUACCAGCUUCGGGUGGAUGUGACCAUCUAGCCCAUCCUUCAGGACAGAGUCCUGACAUGGGUAAUCAUGCGGGUCUUGCUCACUGUGUCCCUAUAAAGCCCAGUGACCCUGAGAGCCUUGAACCUAAAGCUACCAGAGCUGUGAAGGCUUCGGCUGAGUUCCAGAUAACCUCUGAAAAAAGAGAACAUCUUCCUCCUCGACAGGUUCCUUCUGAUCAUGCUUCUUCAGCAGAUAGUGCCCCUGCAGGCCAGAGCCCGACUAUGCCUUCGCAGAAGUCAUCAGAAGAAGCCAUUGUUGCAGAUACUCUCAAAAACUCUCCUGCUGAAACAAGCACCCAGGGCCUCAAAUUUCACCUCUGUGCAAGACAGGAAAGUAGUCCGUCUGUCACAACUGCUCGGAGGCACGACCCACAAGCAUUUCUCCUUGAAAGGGGUUGGCAUCCAGAACAUCAGCAUCUGAGUCAAGUGAACGACCUUCAGGAGCAUGAAGAAGAACCAGGGAAUGCACAGCAUGAGGCUGUAUACCAGAAUGUUCUACAUGAGCUAGAACAACGUCUCUCUAACCCAGAGGGGCCUGAAAUCCUUGGAGAAGGGCAACAGAACCAACAAAAAUGUGUGGCUUCAGAAGCUGAGACAAAAGGGGGCAGGCUACAGCUGAAUGUGGUGGACCUUGGCACACAGAAAAAUACUCUACCUUCAGAGUGCUUUGGCUGCUCAAAUUCAGAAACACUUAUGGAAGUAGAUGUGGUUGAACAAUCCCUAGUUGCUGUGUUUAAUUCAGCAGGCAGGCAAAAUGCCGAUGUCGAGAAUGUCGGCACACCUGACCUCACCCUGGAUAGUCCCUUAAUGGAAAUAGAAACAGCAAAAUAUAACCAUUCAUCUGAAAUUUUAUCGAAUUCUAUUUCCACUCAGGAUUUACAGCUCCCAGAAAACAGUGUCGAAAUGUCCAGGGUCCGUAAAGAAUGUGGCCAUAGCUUCUCCUCUUUCAGUCUUUGUGGCAGUUGUCAGUCCUCUGUGGGGCCCACCGAGGAGCCAUACUCAUCGGUAACGACAGCUCUGAAGGAGCUUCAUGAACUUUUGGUCAUUAGUACUGACCCAGCCUCAGAAAAUCCACCUGAAGAAGUUUUUUGCCAGUCUGAAACAGGAGCCGUGAUCCAAGCAGAGACCGAAGACCUUUCUGAAAGAUGGACCCAAAGCAAGCCUCUUCCAGCUAGCCAGGAAAAGCAGCAUCUGCAAGUCUCGGGCUAUCAGCAGACUGUGCCUGUACCAGUGAAUGCAGAGGAAAUCAAAGACCCUUUACCUGCCCCAGGAAUAGAGGGUGUAGAAAAUGGGAACUUCAGAGGUCCAGGUGAUGAUGGCAUGCCAGCUGACACAGAAGCUGUCCCCAAGUCUAGCGAAUCCACCCACGAGAGCAGUUCUGCCCCUACGGCCUCAGCAGAAACGUCUAAUCAACUGCCCUGCACCACAGGUGCAGAAAUGUCACCCCCGCUUUUAGCAGGUGAGGAGGAUGCACGCCGUCAGACUUCUGCUGAGCAGAUGAAAUCCUUGCCACUCCGUUUCCUGUUGGCUAGGGAUUUAGGUCAGGGCAUACAGAAUCCAGUGACUGACAGGCCUGAAGCCAGAGAAAAUGUCUGUCCUGAAGCUGCCAGCCCCUUCCUGGAGCUUGAGCCAUCUGCCAGCCUCCCAUCGAGUCCCUCCUUUCUUCCACCCUUGACUUUUCCUGCUGCAGACAUUGACCGGAUUCUCAGGGCUGGCUUUACUUUGCAGGAAGCUCUUGGGGCUUUGCAUCGAGUCGAUGGAAAUGCAGACCUUGCUCUUCUUGUUUUGCUGGCAAAGAACAUUGUCGUUCCUACUUAACCGUGGAAAGUGAGCUAGCCCAUACUCCAUUCCCUUCGAGAAGGCUACACACACACAACACACUCGCGUAUACAGCAUAGGUAAAAACCUGCCAGCAGAAUGUUGAGCCAGAUUUUUUUUUGAACAUUUUUUUUGGCCAAAGUAAUUUAUGAUCUCUUGUCUGAUAAAUUUGUCUAUUCUACUUGUUAAAACUUAGGCCUUUUAAAAUGUGUUGGCAGUAUGUGCAUUCAAGAGCAUUUUAUUCUCAUUUAGAUAAUGUAUUCUGGAAUAAAAAUCGAUGGCUUUGUGUAUAGCAUCCCAUUUUCCGAGUGAACGCUUUGAAAAGCAGGAGCCAUGAGAAACCUCAGCAGCACCCGUGUGACUCAGAAUAGGUCAGCUUAGCACUAUGACUGUGUGUGGGCUGCAGGCUGGGGACGGCUGGGGACUCUAUGGUCAGGUUACAUACAAACUGUCGACCACAUAGUUUGGUGUUUGGAAUUAUACCCAGUGCUCUGUGUAUUAUGAUUCAUCAAUUGUAACAGGAAAUUGAAGAAUAAUUUAAUAAUAUCUCCUAGAGUGGUAUUUUUGUAUGUGUGUGCUUCAGGGUUUUGACAUGUUAACAAGGUUGAGUGGGAGGGUUUCAAACGCGGGCUACUGUGUGCAUUGCAGGCGACUGCAUGGGUUGCCAAAUACAGCGGGUGGGGUGCUGGGGGGAAACAAGGUGCUACCCAGAUUUUAGAAGAAAAACAAACUCCUGUUUACAUUUGCAAAUGUCCUGGUGAGGUUUCAAAAACUGGGAUUAAAAACUAACAGCUUCAACCCUAGAAUCUACUAGCGAUUGGGCUUGCUAGCGUCUCCGGGAUCACCCCUCAACCCUUAACGAUUGAUUUGUCCACUUUAUGUUCACUGAAUGGUUGGUGAGCACCACUUCAUUUCUCUUUCAAAAGCCUCUUUUACUGUAAGAAGUCCUUAAAGCUCACUUUUGAGCCAAGGACUGAGUGAAAUGUUGACGUGUGUGAACCUUGUUCCUGGUGCAUCCUGGUGCUUGGAACGGGCUGUCUUUUUGGUGAGUGUCCUUCAUGGAGAUGGAAAUAUUGUAGUUUCGGACCCAAGUGGCCUUGUUUGAGGUUUCCAUCAUUUCUCUCCGCAGGAGUGUCAUUUUUAAGCAAGUUCAUCUUAUUUGUUUCUAGCAUGUAGAGUUAAGCGUGGGGGGUAGCAUGUAAAUAUAUUUCUUGUGGCCUUUCAUAUGAGGACUAGCCCGUGGAACCCAUUGUCCCAUAGGCCCCACUGUGCAAUAAGCCUACUGGACAGAUUUUCAGAUCCAUCUUUCCUAGAGAAUAACACAUUUCGUUCACUGCCUAGCAGGAAUCUGAAAUCUUGGUUUUAUCGAAAGCAUUUUGAGACUGAGAAUUCUUGAUUCUGGCUUAUAAUCAGCAAUGUGUUUGAAAGGGUGGAUGACCUAUCAACCUUGUAUUGAGUAAUUUUGUCUAAAAUUUAACUCUUCCCACCCAAGGUCAAGUCAGCACAAACGGAAGGUUCAGACCCCAGGAGUUCAUGAAGGUCUCAGGUCUUCCUUUGGCAUCACUGAGACCAGUCUCUUCUACCUUUGGGCCUGCGCCUGCCUGCCUUGUUGCUCGGAUGUGUGUUUGUGUUAUUCCACACAGGGAUGUGGGGCGCCACAUCGGCACCUCCUGGUCCUUUCUGCAGUUAGGAAACGGUCAUGGAGCCAUCUCGUACACGACAGGUUCACCAGAUUGUCUUUAAAAUGUCCUUUUAGACAAUCUCAUUGUAGAUUUUGUCUGCCCAACACCAAAGAUGUAAUGUGCACCAGGAAACUAAGAUUCUUGUCAGUUCUUAAGAGCUGUGGUUGUAAUUAAGAGGUUGGUGCUAUGAUUGGAACAAUCUAGUAGCUAUCUUGGGCGGCUCCGUUUGCUUUAUGUGGAUGAUGGUUUGGGAAUUAAGUCUAAGCUUACAGAUCUUGGGUUUCGUGUGAUAUGAGGGAACCUGUCAAUCACAGUAGGUUCCUCUAAAAAGACCUGGGUCACCACGGUCUUGUAUUCUGUGUGAGCAGGGGAAAAUUGGGGGUUCUGCUCAUCAGUACAGGGCCAUGGGGUUUAAACGAGUUCUGGGAAAGAUCCCACAUCCCAAGCAGAUUGUCAGUCUAAAAAAGGUUCAUUCUGAUGGCUUUUAAAUGUAUGGGCACAUAGUUUUUUUUAAGAGAAAAUUUAAUAGGCCUGUAGGUUUACACGUAUUGCUAGAAAUACUUUGAAUGGCUUUGAAUGACAAAUGUCCUUGUCAGUUUUUGCCCCCCCCCCAACAUUUGCUUUUGAAUUUUACUUGCUGCCUGUCAUUUGUAUGAAAAUAAAGCUGUUGACAUUGUUGCUCAUGAAUUUUAGCAAUUCUAGAAUGCAUAGGGUAUUAUUCAUGGGACAGGAUGCUAGUGAAUCCUCAUUUGUCAAUUAUAUGCAAUGUCUUCACACCUUUAAGAAGUCUAAAAGUAAAGAAAUGAUAGAUUAUCUCCUAAGAAUAAGAUCUAAUCAUUGUGAACUCAUCUGCUGGCAGACAGUAUUGAGCAACCAUACCAGCAGUGGAUGGCUUUACUGCACAGUGCCUGUCACUAACCAGUAAUGGAAUGCGGUCAGCGCUCACGUCCGAGGGUGGUCUCUGCGUAUCACAGAGAGCAGGGCCUUCUGUACAACUCCACCAUUUCCCUUGAGUUCCGGUUUAUCGAGACGUGCUCAGCAUCUGGACCGGUAUACCUAUGUCGAUUUUGCCCCUGAAGCAAGUCAUUAUUUCCAGUUGGUUUAGGCCUGGACAGCAGCCCUUGAUCCCAUAGUUUGGGCUUUUGGUCAUUAACAUAAUUCAUUGUGUAGCAAAGGAAACCAGGAGGAGCGCCCUACCUCCCUGCAUUCUAAAGGACUCCACAACCCUGGGUUUUCCCCCCUUGGCGUUUCUCUAGCAAGAGGUUUGCAUGGAAAUGGAAAGAUGAUGAGACCGGAUAUGCUUGUCUCUGUGUGUUAGCUGGUUAAAGUGGAGUCUUCUGUAAGCCCUUUACCACAGCACUCUAGCUAAUGGAAGCCAUCAAACAUGGUUCAGCUUUUCGUGUGUGUGUGUGUGUGUGUGUGUCCGUCCUGCCAGUACUUUAACAGAUGGAAACACUAUGUUUGCAGGUGCACUUGACACCUCUGGGGGUUGUAUCCUACCCUAGGCAAGAACAGCUUUGCAAAAACCUGCCUGGGAAAAUGGAAGUGAACUCUGAUCUCUGUCACACGUGCAGUAAGGUGAUGCAGGAGUCCCUGACCUGUUACCUGCGUGGGACUUGGAAUCCUAGCUGAUGGAAGCUCACCAAGCUGGGCCUCCUUCCAACCUCCAGCCAGCAUACUCACCAAAAAGCCAAACUUCUCCUUUGUGUUAGUGGCUUAGUGCAGUUUGUGGCCGAGUUUCCCCUCCUAGCAAGUGAGUGUCACCUUUUAGUGAGGCAUUCCUGUUACAAGACCCUUUCUCUGAGAGAACUAGACAUGCCUGUUCUUAACAGUCCAGUUCUUAAGUGGUUGGAAAUGUGAAAUCAUGGCACGCUCUGUUUUAGUGAUCCCCUCAGUAGGUUACUAGGUUCAGGUGUGAACCUGUGGUGUAGUUAAUAGGGUUUUUUGUGUGUGUGCCUUUCACCAAAUAGCUGCAUCAAGUUUGGGGAGGGGGGGGUACACACGCAUAAAGUGACCCUAAGACUCACCUCGAUGAAGCAGAUUCUGAAUAGCACUACACGGAAUCACUAGACUUCCUUAACUAGAAGCAGUAUCUGGAUUUGUGCCUCAAGCAUACCAAAAAUUGAUCCUAAAUGUUUACUAGGUUUUGUGUUGAGCUGUCAAUGUUCUAAAAACCAAGGGAGGUAAAAUGGGUCAAAAACUUACUUGAAGAGGAAACUGACCCUCAGAACCCUAUGCAAUAUGAGUGAACGAGAAUCUACUAGUGUCCGAUUUCUUCAUCAGACGUGAAGUGCCUGUUUGCCAGGCACGGUGAACACUAGGGUUACAGGUGACUAAGACAGAUUGAAACCCUGCCCUCAUCACGAUCUCUGUCUAGUAGGGCGACAGGAAACAAGUUUUAACUUUUAAGACCAUGGUCUAUUUGGGCCUAUCUGCCAGGUUUUUAAAAGUCAUGCUAGCAUGAUGUUUUAAGUUCAGAACAGAUUGGGAAAAGCUGACUCCAGCUGGGAAUCACAAAUUCUAACACUUGUAGCCACACCUGUGGAGAGCCAGUAUGGGGUGUAAAUUGACGGUGCCAGGGGAGCUGCAAGCAGGAUGGCGGAAGCUCGGGAGUGAUGGCUGCUGACCCUCGGUACACAUCAGUGAGAACCCGCCAAGCUUUCCCUCCACUGGGCCGGCCGAGCGGGGCUGCAGCCGCUCCCCCCACCCCCACCCCACUACAACUGCUCUGGGUACUGACACUUGGAAUAACGCCCGGCCAUUCUGGAGGACGUACCUGCAAAGCAGCCAAGUGCACGGUGGACAAGGGCGUGUGGGACGUUCUGUUCCUGACUGAACUGUCAGCAGAGCUGAAUGGCAAGAAGAUUCAAGGCGCUGUUGAGUUCUACAGAACCAAGAUGUGUGCUGUGUUGUGAUCCUGAGACCUGCAGGUAGAAUUUCUGCAGCUUCAGUGCUAGUGGCUUUCGAGGUUGACAGUGGAAAGCUGUUGCCCAUUGCAGAUUGGUGCUUGCUAACGUGACCCUCAGGCUGUGGAAGGUGAGAGGCUACAGCCAUCUUCAUGAACUCCACGAAGAGAAAAUGGUUCAAGGGCACGGACAUUUAAAAAUAUUUCAUUUAUCCAAAACCGUAAACUGUCGUUUAACCUUGGGAUAGGUUUCAUUGAGAGAGAUUUUCCUGGAAAAGUGCAUCUCUGAUGGGAAUUCCUUUGUUUACAAGACUGUUGUACCUGCAACCUUGAACAAAUGCAUCUAUGGCCUCAAGAAAGGUGGGCCUGUGUUCACAACAGACCGUUUGUCUUUCAAUUCCUUCUGUCCGGAGAGUACCUGCUGCCGACCAGGCUUCAUCUUCCUUCCCGGAAAGCCUCAGCAGUCUGCGUUUAUGCUGCCUGUCCUUCAGACCUCCCAGCCGAACGACUAGGUUUCUGUCUGGUCCCCGCCACUCGGCCUUCUCGAACGGCCUGAUGUGGCUGCCCUUUUUCACUGUGCAUCCAGGAUGGAGAUGGAGCUGCUUGUUGCUGUUGUCUUCAUGGCAGGUAGUGCUGGCGGCCUUUAUUUACCCUUAAGCAAGCAAGCUUUACCAGUUUUAUAGCUAUUGUCUGGCAAAUGUUAACAACUAGAAGCUCUUCUAUUUUCCAUCUUACUUUGUUCUUGCAAUGAUUGGUGUCGAGCAAGAUUUUCCGGGCUUUUCAGCUUUGAGAUGACCCCAUCUUGGAAGUGCUGGGCAAACUGGCCAGAGAGCUUGCGAGCAGCUCAGGCACUUCCAUGAUGCCCUGGUUGUGAGAGUGUGGAGACUCGGAGCACUUGAGGGAAUCAGACUCCGGAGGCCAGGGUCAGGCGCACUGUGCUGUUGCUGUAGCGGCUGGACACGGGUCUUGUCGGUAGCCGAGUGGGUUGUAGCUGCGCUUUAUGAGUUUUUUGUCAAACUCUGAACUGUAAGUCAGCCCUAAAUAAUCAAGACACUCUUUCUUUUUUAAAUAGGAACUUUGAGAAGAAAAACGAUGUGUAAACCUUUGCUAUUUAAGACAAUAAAGUUUUUACCUUACAA